AUGUACAAGCUCCUUGUUCGCAUUAUGCGGACCAACCACGGAACCGACCUUAAGCCACACUAUGCUCGCUUGUCCAACAAGGUGAGUGAUACUUCAAGGGCUCGGGUGUACAACACUCCCGUUGCGCCGCUCGAGCAGACUUACAUCGAGAAAGGCCAUAGCAGUAUGAAGGACGACACGAGUGCUAUAACGCUCGCGUCGACACCGCAACUGACGGCAUUGCCCAGUCUCUUCAACAGUAUUCAAUCUCAACCCGACUUUCGAGCUGUCAAGGUCUUCAAGGCACCACGGCAAGGACAGUCGGCUUCAACCGAUGAACCUCCCAAGGAAAUUGCCCGGGAGCUGAAGAUGCUUGCUCUCGCACAGAGUCAUAGGGCGAUACUUUCCCUGCAUGGGCUUGUAAGGGUGCCUGCUGGAUGGGCACUGCUUACGGAGUGGUGCCAUGCGGGCUCCUUGUUGCAAAGUUUGACCGCGGAAGGCAGGCAUUCCGAAGGUCAGGCCAUGUUGCUGGAGAAGCAGCUUCUGGCUGGCAUUCGGCAUCUUCACCAGCGAGGAAUUGUUCACAGAGACGUGAAGCUUGACCACAUCCUGCUGCACUCGAAGAGCAAGCUCGUGCUGUCUGGAUUCGCUCUUGCUGCUCCACUGUGUGAAGCACGUGAAGCUACGGAGCCGGUCGGAACAGUUGGCUACAUGGCUCCAGAGGUGAUUCGCUACACGCCGGCCUUAGAGCCCGCAGAUGUCUUUGCGGCAGGUGUCGUGCUCUAUACCCUUCUGCUUGGCCAGCAACCUUUCGGUGCAGAAACGCCGGCAGAGGAGACCAAGUACAGGACAACCUGCACCGAGGCAGACUACAGCGGACUGAUAUUUCAGAACGUGACGGGCCCUUGCCACCAUCUGCUGAAAUCCCUUCUGGAGAAAGAUCCGGUCGAACGGCCUACGUCGCUGGCGGCCGUCGAGGACGACUGGUUUCUGAUGGAUCCCAAGAAGCCCGUGAGAACAGAUGCCGAGGCGAAAACACCCAUGUCACCGGUCAUGGGUGCUCGCCGAAGGAGAUCUGGCCUGGAUAUGUUGUGGAGAAGGUCGGCACGCUCGUUCUCGGCACGCCCGAGGAGCCAGCGCUCUGCAUCUACGACAUCAUCCCAGGACUCGCCGGUGCAGUCGCUGUCGCCACAGGCUGAGCAGAGGUCUAGAAAGUCCUCGCGCGGACUGUCUCGCUUGAGUGCCUGGCUUCCCUUCAGGCAGCGGGAAGAUAUGUUGGACUGCACGCAGCUGAGCGCUGUGGUGCAGAGGUGA